AUGAGUCAAACAUCAAUUGAGUUGCGGGCUCGUGAAGAAGGAUCUUUACAAACUGAAGAUCUGGAUCUCACGAGUACUCAUGAAUUCUCUCCACUACCGCCUGUAGAUGGUGGCAAAGAUGCUUGGUUCUUCCUUGCCGCUUCAUUCAUGGUUGAAGCUCUGACCUGGGGCUUUCCGUUUGCUUUUGGUGUCUUUCAGGAUUACUACAGUACCAAUGCACCUUUUGAAGGAUCAUCAGCUAUUGCUGUGAUUGGUACCUGUGCAAUGGGAAUAAUGUAUCUUGGUCUUCCUUUUGUAAUGACCCUUCAACGUCUCUACCCAAAGCAAAGCCGCUGGUCUCCGAUGAUAGGACUCUUCAUCAUGUGCAUCGCCCUCGCGCUGAGUUCCUUUUCGCAAAACACCACACAUCUCAUCCUCACACAAGGAAUACUCUACGCUAUAGGUGGAUCGAUAUCCUACUGUCCAUGUCUGUUGUAUAUGGACCAGUGGUUUGCUAAGAAAAAGGGCUUUGCGUUUGGAGUUAUGUGGUCAGGCACCGGACUCGCUGGCUUUGCGUUACCACUACUUUUUGAGAAAUUUCUCAAUGACUAUGGCUUCCGCACUACAUUGAGAAUAUGGUCUGUCUCUCUUUUUGUGCUAACGUUGCCAUUGGCGUAUUUUAUCAAGCCGCGUCUUCCGUACUCUGCUACGAGACAUAUUAAUCCUCUGAAGCUGGGCUUUGCGAUAAAACGCAACUUUAUGCUUCAUCAACUCGCCAAUAUUACUCAAGCGUUGGGAUUCUUUUUGCCGGGGAUUUACCUUCCGUCGUAUGCCCGAACAGCUCUUGGGGCUGGGACAUUUGCUUCAGCUUUGACGGUUUUGCUGAUCAAUGUUGCUUCAGUGUUUGGUUGUGUGGCUAUGGGUGCACUUACAGAUCGUCUACACGUCACGAAUUGUUUCAUGAUAUCUGCUAUCGGAACAGCACUCAGCACAUUUCUUCUCUGGGGAUUUUCGACUAAUUUACCUGUUCUGUACAUUUUUUGCGUGGCGUACGGGAUCUUUGCAGGCUCUUACACCACCGCGUGGACCGGAAUCAUGCACAUGGUAUCGACUUCUGUUGGAGAUAGCAGCACUGGAAGAUCAUUUGAUCCGGCCAUGGUAUUGGGUGUUUUAUCUGCAGGAAGAGGGAUCGGGAAUCUAGUAUCUGGACCACUCAGCGGGGCGUUGAUCAAGGGUAUGCCGUUUCAGGGUCAAGCAGCUGGGGGAUACGGAACGGGAUAUGGUUCGUUGAUUAUCUUUACCGGUGUUACGGGUUUGGCUAGUGGUGCUACGUUUCUCUUUAGAAGGAUUGGGUGGGUGUGA